UCCUAGAUAAUAGAAGCAACCAGCCAACAAGCAAGGGAGAGGGGAAUGAUGGAGAUGAAUCAGAAUAUUAGGAGGAUAUGGCUAAGCAUCAUGUGAUGCCUGAUUCUUUUUAUGUGAUGUAAAGUACAAACUGCUUCAUUCGUAUUCUUAUGAUUUUUUUGACUUAACAAAUCUAUCUGCGGUGCCAGAUAAGUCACAUUCCACUUGUACCCUCUUCGACAAAGUUAAAUUUUUUAACGUUAUGAAGUUGGAGCAACCAACAAAAUGGUGGUUAAGGAAGAUUCACUUGCUUUUCUAUUUCUGUGGCCAUUAUUAGGAGCAGAAUAAAGGAAAAGAGUGAAGGUUGAAGGGAUAAAAAAGAUGGUUUUUUUUCUACUUGAGGGCGGUGACUUGGGAACUUAAAGUAUGAUGAGUCUGUAGAGUUCUUUUGCAGAGAUCUGAGAGAAUGGAACCUCCUACGGGAAUUUGUGCUUCUUUGUGGAGUUUCAUACGCUUUCUUCCUUAUUUCAUCGGGCUUCUGCUUCUAGGGAGCAUCAAAGGAGUCCUUCUCUUCCCUUUGAUAUGCUUAAUAGUGACAAUUGGGAACACUGUGAUCAUACUCGGACUUUGGACAGCACAUGUUGUUUGGACAUAUUACUGCGUUGUUAGAGCUAAACAAUUAGGACCUCUUCUGAAGAUUGUUAUCUGCCUAUGUGUACUACCAGUGCUGUUGAUUUCAUGGCCGUUGGUUGGUAUUCUUGGAAGUAUUGUAGGUGGUGCAGCCUACGGAUUUCUUUCACCAAUAUUUGCUACUUUUGAAGCUGUAGAGGAAGGAAAAGACGACAAGUUUUUCCACUGUUUUAUUGAUGGUACAUGGAGUACUGUUGAAAAAAGCUGCAUGGUUGUCAGGGAUGUAAGAGAUGUUUGUUUUCACUCAUACUUCUCAGUUAUGGAUGACCUGCGACAAAAAGGACCUCCAAAUGCUAAAUACUAUGAGAUCAGGCUGCUUUAUCUUCCUGGUGCUUUAAUUGCUGCAGCUAUUGGAAUCAUGGUUGAUGGGCUAAUUAUAUCAUUUGUUGCCAUAUGCAAAGGCCCAUACAUGCUUUUUAAGGGGUGGCAUAGAUUGUUUCAUGACCUCAUUGGCCGCGAAGGCCCUUUCCUGGAGACUAUAUGUGUACCCUUUGCAGGUCUUGCUAUCCUUCUGUGGCCACUGGCUGUUGCUGGUGCAGUUCUGGCAUCAAUGUUAGCAAGUUUCUUUCUUGGUGCCUAUGCAGGGAUUGUUGCUUAUCAGGAGUCUUCUUUCUUUUUCGGCCUUUCAUAUGUUGUUGCUGCUUUGGCCAUUUAUGAUGAAUACAGCAAUGAUAUUCUUGACAUGCCAGAAGGAACAUGUUUCCCUAGGCCUCAAUAUCAAAAAAAAGCUGAUUCAUCUCAAAGAACUUCUCAUUCAAAUUCCAUCUCAAGACCAAGCUCCUUCCGGAUGGCUCCUUCUCGCACAUCUUCCAUGAAUAAUAAUAUUGUCGAGUUGAAAUCAUUCGAGCUGUUGGAUGGCUUAUUCAAGGAAUGUUGCCGUGUUGGAGAAAGAAUGGUUUCUGAAGGUAUAAUUACAGGAAAAGACAUAGAAGAAGCCAAAUCUGGUAAUGGAAAUAGAGUUAUUAGUAUUGGUUUGCCAGCAUAUUGCUUAUUCCACGGUCUCUUGCGCUCUGCCAAAUUCAAUUCCAUGGGUAUAUUAAUUAGUGAUGAUACUGAACUAACUACCACAAACAGACCAAGGGAGAUAUUUUUUGAAUGGUUCCUUAAUCCCCUUUUGAUCAUGAAAGAGCAAAUCAAAGCUGAGAAUCUUUCUGCCUCAGAAGAGGACUACCUCGGCAAAUUAGUUCUCUUAAGUGGUGAUGCUGAGAGAUUGAAAAAAUCAAGCAUUGGCCCUGCCCCUGAAUCCGAGGUCAAACGUGCGGAACUUGAUGCAUUGGCUAGAAGGCUGCAAGGGAUCACCAAAUCCAUGUCAAGGUUCCCAACCUUCAAACGACGCUUAGAUGAUCUUGUAAAAUCGUUAUCCAAUGAUCUGACUGAGAAGCAUGGAGGUCCAAGUCCAACAAUGACCAGAUCAAAGAGUGCCUUUGCUCGGUUGGUUACUUUUAAAUCUUUCAAGGGUACAAGAACUAACGGGUCUGGUCAAGGGUCACAACAUCAUGUUGUAAGAGACAUCGAAAAUUAAUGAUAAGAAUACCGUUAUAUAUUUUUAACACCCCAAAAGAAAAAUUAUGUCGUAGAUGUAAUCUUCAGUCCAUUUUGGAUAGAAAAUUGAAGUGUAAUUGACAAAUAAAAUGUAAUAUCUCACCUUGUUAUAAGCAUAUUUGAGAAAGACGUAGCCUCAGAAAAGAUCAAGUUGUGGAUCUCAUGUUACAUUUUCAUUAUGUCGACUUGCUAUACUUCUCUCGAGAUCAAUGACUCUGAUGGGAAACCUGCCUAGAAUUGAUCUGUUACCUUUAGCAUUAAUUGAAGUGCACAUUUUCCCCAA